AUGCCUUCCCCUAAACUCUUCGUUAUUCUUGGAGCCACUGGCAACCAGGGGGGAUCUAUCGCUAGCACGUUCCUUGCGGAACCCGGCUGGCAGGUUCGCGCCGUGACUCGCAAUACCGUGAGCCCCAAGGCUCAGUCUUUGGCAGCUCGCGGAGCGCAGGUCGUCCAUGCAGACAUAGACAAGCCUGAAACGCUGUCGGCUGCUUUCGAGGGCGCCACUGCCAUCUUCGCCGUCAGUGACUUUUGGGGCCUCUACGGUGAUCCCGCCAACAAGAACAAGGCCAAGCCUGGACAACCGUUGAAUGCUUGGGCAGGCGAGUUUGAAACUCAGCAGCUGAAGAAUGUCAUCGACGCGGUUGCUAAGGUGCCUACGCUUGAGCGCUUUAUCCUCUCCUCACUCUCCAACGCGACAAAGUGGUCCAAGGGAAAGUACACCCAUGUCUACCACUUUGACUCCAAGGCAAAUGCAGAGGAUUAUGGCAGGGAAAAAUACCCGGAUCUAUGGGAAAAGACAAGCAUAUUUCAACCAGGCCUGUUCCUAAGCAAUUACGUCGCCAAUCCUAUUACUCAAGCAAGCAAGAAUGAUGAAGGAGUGGUCCAGUUUAUUGGGCACUUGGAGCCAGAUGUCAAAAUCCCAUUCAUCGCCGCUGAAGAGGAUUCUGGUCCUAUUGUCAAAAGACUUAUCGAUGAGCCCGCUGGAAAGAGCAUUAUUGGUUACAGAGAAUGGUUGACUAUACAAGAGCUAGCGCUCGCAUUCACAAGAGCCACCGGCCUGAAGGCUGAGUCUGUCACCUUGCCCAAAGGCGAAUUUCCUCUACCCCUUCCAGAUGAGUUGAAAUUAGAGCUUGAAGACAACUUUGCCUACUUCAACGAGUUUGGUUAUGAGGCUAGGGACGAUCCUGCUAUCAUCCAUCCCAGAGAUUUGAAGUCACCGCCAUCACUUGAUACCGUGGAGAAUUACUGGAAGAAGCAGGAUUGGUCGAAGGUCUUUGGUGCUUAA